CGGGAGGCGCGGCGGCCGAGGCGUGUCUGCACUGGUCGGCUGAACGAGGCGGACCAUGACUGUGCCUUCGGUGGCGUCUCUCGCCGGACCGCUCUUCCCGAGGUUUCUCUAAGCCAUUCCCUGGUGGAACCGCUUCCAGAUUUUGUCCACAAGUGCUUGUGGAAAAGAUGGCUGAUAUUAACCUAAAAGAAGUAACCUUAAUAAUAGGCGUAGUUGCUGCUUGCUAUUGGAACAGCCUCUUUUGUGGUUUUGUUUUUGAUGAUGUGUCAGCAAUACUGGAUAAUAAAGACCUGCAUCCAUCUACACCUUUAAAAACUUUAUUUCAGAAUGAUUUCUGGGGAACCCCUAUGUCUGAAGAGAGAAGCCACAAGUCUUACCGUCCCUUAACAGUAUUGACGUUUCGCUUAAAUUAUUUGUUUAGUGAACUGAAACCUAUGUCAUAUCAUCUCCUAAAUAUGAUUUUUCAUGCUGUGGUUAGUGUGAUAUUUCUUAAAGUCUGCAAACUCUUUCUGGAUAACCGGAGUAGUGUGAUUGCUUCUUUACUUUUUGCAGUGCACCCAAUACACACAGAAGCAGUAACAGGUGUUGUAGGAAGAGCAGAACUUUUGUCAUCUAUCUUUUUUCUAGCUGCAUUUUUGUCAUAUACCAAAUCAAAAGGACCAGAUAAUUCCAUAGUGUGGACUCCUAUCGCGUUGACAGUGUUUUUAGUGGCUGUUGCAACACUGUGUAAAGAGCAGGGAAUAACAGUUGUGGGAAUUUGCUGUGUGUAUGAAGUAUUUAUUGCCCAGGGGUAUACUUUGCCAUUAUUAUGUACUACUGCUGGACAGUUUCUUCGCGGAAAGGGUAGUAUUCCAUUUUCUAUGCUGCAGACACUAAUAAAACUCAUUGUUUUGAUGUUCAGUACACUAUUACUUGUUGUGAUUAGAGUCCAGGUUAUUCAAUCCCAACUUCCAGUAUUCACCAGGUUUGAUAACCCAGCUGCUGUAAGCCCAACUCCUACAAGGCAGCUAACUUUUAACUACCUCCUUCCUGUGAAUGCUUGGCUUUUGUUAAAUCCUUCAGAGCUCUGCUGCGAUUGGACCAUGGGAACAAUACCACUUAUAGAGUCAUUUCUAGAUAUUCGAAAUCUUGCCACAUUUAUUUUUUUUUGCUUUUUGGGGGCUUUGGGAGUAUUCAGUCUCAGAUACCCUGGUAAUUCCUCCAAGACUGUUUUAAUGGCACUUUGUUUAAUGGCAUUACCGUUUAUUCCUGCAUCAAACCUUUUUUUCCCAGUUGGAUUUGUUGUUGCUGAGAGAGUAUUAUAUGUUCCUAGCAUGGGGUUCUGUAUUUUGGUAGCCCAUGGAUGGCAGAAAAUAUCAAACAAAAGUGUAUUAAAAAAGUUAUCCUGGGUUUGUCUGUCUAUGGUGAUACUCACUCAUGCCUUAAAAACACUCCAUAGAAAUUGGGAUUGGGAGUCUGAAUAUACGCUGUUUAUGUCAGCCUUGAAGGUAAAUAAAAAUAAUGCCAAAUUAUGGAAUAAUGUGGGUCAUGCUCUGGAAAAUGAAAAGAACUUUGAGAGAGCUUUGAAAUACUUCUUACAGGCUACCCAUGUUCAGCCAGAUGAUAUUGGUGCCCACAUGAAUGUAGGAAGAACUUAUAAAAAUUUAAAUAGAACCAAAGCAGCUGAAGAAUCUUAUAUGACAGCUAAGUCGCUGAUGCCUCAAAUUAUUCCUGGUAAAAAAUAUGCAGCCAGAAUUGCACCUAACCACUUAAAUGUUUACAUUAAUCUGGCCAACCUGAUACGAGCAAAUGAGUCCCGACUGGAAGAAGCGGAUCAGCUGUACCGACAAGCAAUAAGCAUGAGACCCGACUUCAAGCAGGCUUACAUUAGCAGAGGAGAAUUGCUUUUAAAAAUGAAUAAACCUGUCAAAGCAAAGGAAGCAUAUCUUAAAGCACUAGAGCUGGACAAAAACAAUGCAGAUCUUUGGUACAACUUGGCGAUUGUUCAUAUUGAACUUAAAGAACCAAAUGAAGCCCUAAAAAACUUUAAUCAUGCUUUAGAACUAAAUCCAAAGCAUAAGCUAGCGUUAUUCAAUUCUGCUAUAUUAAUGCAAGAAUCAGGUGAGGUUAAACUCAGACCUGAAGCUAGAAAACGACUUCUAAGCUAUGUAAAUGAGGAGCCACUAGAUGCUAAUGGUUAUUUCAAUCUGGGAAUGCUUGCCAUGGAUGACAAAAAGGACACUGAAGCAGAGAUGUGGAUGAAGAAAGCCAUAAAAUUACAAGCCGAUUUCAGAAGUGCUCUGUUUAAUCUGGCUCUCCUGUAUUCUCAGACUGCAAAGGAAUUAAUGGCUUUGCCAAUCUUGGAAGAGUUACUCAGAUACUAUCCUGAUCAUAUCAAAGGUCUCAUUUUAAAAGGAGACAUUCUGAUGAAUCAAAAGAAAGAUAUACUUGGAGCAAAAAAAUGUUUUGAAAAGAUUUUGGAGAUGGAUCCAAGCAAUGUGCAAGGAAAACACAAUCUUUGUGUUGUUUAUUUUGAAGAGAAGGACUUAUUAAAAGCUGAAAGAUGCCUGGUUGAAACAUUGGCAUUAGCACCACAUGAAGAAUAUAUUCAACGCCAUUUGAAUAUAGUCAGGGAUAAAAUUUCUUCAUCUAGUUUUGUAGAACAGCCAGUAUUCCCAGCUGGUAAGACUUCAGGUAUAGAAGGAGACAAAAUUCCAACUGAAAAUGAAAAAGAAAUCAAAAGUAAACCCAGACCCAUACAGAUAAUAAAAACAAGUGAUAAUAAAAGUCAGUCGAAAUCCAACAAACAGUUAGGAAAAAAUACAGACAAAGAAACCCCCCACAAAACAACAAAAGAAAUCAAAGAAAUUGAGAAGAAAAGAGUUGCUGCUUUAAAAAGACUAGAAGAGAUUGAACGUAUUUUAAAUGGUGAAUAGCAUUACCCUUUAUCACGUGACAGUGGUUUCAAAGAACUUCAGUUUAUAUCAUGUGAUUACUUAUACUGAGAGCUUUGAAAAAUAGCAAGGAUACUAACAGUCUAUCAUAAGCUGCCUCUACGUAGGAUCAAAAUAAGAUUUUCAUUAAAGACCCUUUCAUUACCCCAGGGUAUGUAUUAUAUAUGACAGUAGUUUUUAGAGUUUUGGUGACUAUAGCAGAAAUUACAGGUGGGAAAUUUGUAUAUUUUCUUAUAGAAGGAAGAUUCUUUCAGCAGAAUAACAUUGAUUACCCUCAGUUAAAAAUAAUCUGAGGCCUGAAUGGUAAUCCCAUGGGGGCAAAUCCAACAUGUGCUGGUUUAUUCUGUGAAUUCAUAUUUAUUAGUUAACUUCAUUUUUCCUUUAAAUAUUGGAAUUUGACUAUGGAUUUGAAAACACUAAUUGAACACAUUCUUUUUCUUCAGUAACCUUCUAUUUCCAAGGGACUUUGCACUACAAAAGAAUGCUGGCUGGCUUUCUUUAUGUUGUAUUCUUUUUUUGAUUUUUAGAAGGAACGCCAGAUUAAACAUUUUAAAAUAAGUCGUAUGACAUGUUAGCUUAAGAAUGUAUUUUCGUAACUGUGUGCUUGUCCUUCACUCUAAAUGGCAAUUUUUAAUCAGGUAAAGUUUUAAAUACAUAUACGCACACACAUUUCUGAUGGUGCUCAUAUAUACUGUAUUUUCAUUUUUUUACGUCCUGAGGGUUUCACAGCAUGAACCACAUAAUCAUGACUCUUUGACUUUUGUUUCCCAAACUAUUCCUGUUUAUGAGGGUCAUAGUCAUAUUGAGAAGUCCCAGUAGCUAUAACUUGAUUAAACUUUUGAGCUAAAACAUAGUAAGUUUCUCUUUCAUCUUAGUGUUAUCUUUCUAGUGUUACUUGAAUUUUAAUUUUGUUUCCAAAAACAUACCUUAAUUAUUCUUAGAUACCUUAGGUACCUAAAUUGAGUUCUGUUUAACUGAAGGCAAAACAAUGUGACAAAGUUUAUUUUUAAACACUAAGUUCUUGAUAUCUUAUGGUGUAUAUUUUUAUUAAGUAUUUAUUUUGACUACUGAGCUUCCACAAAAAACUUAACGCUGUUGGGGCUUCCCUGGUGGCGCAGUGGUUGAGAGUCUGCCUGCUGAUGCAGGGGACACGGGUUCGUGCCCCAGUCUGGGAAGAUCCCACAUGCCGCGGAGCGGCUAGCCCCCUGAGCCAUGGCUGCUGAGCCUGCGUGUCUGGAGCCUGUGCUCCACAACGGGAGAGGCUGCAACAGUGAGAGGCCUGCGUACAGCAAAAAAAAAAAAAAAAAAAAAAAUUUAAUGCUGUUUUAAGUCCAUCAAGUAUGGAAAAUAAAUUGCUAUUGCAUUUUUCUAUACAUGCAUAUAUUAUGGUUGAACCAAAAUUUCGUCAGUUUUGGCCUGUUGUCCAGCUAGAAAAAAGAUAAUUAGCCUAGUAUAUGAUUAAUAAAUUAAUCAGUUGGUUUUAGCAAAUUUAAACCUGAAAAAUAUUAGUUUGAAGAGUAGAUACAAAUCAAAUUUAUUAAAUCUGACUUUUUUCAUGAGUUAAAAUGCAUUUUUAUAAUACCUAAUAAAGUUGGCUUUAAUUUAAAAUGUUAAAGCUCAAGCUAUCGUCUUGGGAUAGUAACUAAUUUCUAAUUAUGUAGCAUUUCAAAAACUAUAUUUCUGUUCCUUUGAAAUAAUGAAUUUCUAAUUAUGUUUCAAAACCCAUAUUCCUGUAACUUUUUUCUUAAAGGGAUGUUUUAUAAAUAGGUCAUAAGAAACAUGGUCUGUAUUAAAGACCUACUCUUACUAGGUUCUCUGAGGCGCUGUCAUAGAUUAUUUUUUAGGCAAUAUAAAGCAAGCACUGACAUCAAUGGUAGUACAUUUUUGAUUCAUUAAAGCAAUAUCUGAUUUCAGUUUUUAAAUUAUAGCUUUGUGACUCCAGAUAUAAGGUGGAGAAUACCUCAUAUACCAUGACUUGAAAAAUGAAACUGUUAUUGUUACAUUCUCUACAUAUAUCUUGAGAAGAAGUUUGAGUUUGAUCUAUUCUGUUAUAAUAUCAACUGAGGAUAGUUCAAAAAAGUAGAAGGAAAUCUUUUAUGACAGCAGACCAUAAUAAAAGCUUUGAGUAAUAAUUUAAUAAAAUUAUGUAACUAUUCAAAAGAUAAAAGAUAUAUUAAUAUCCAAUGAUUUUUAUAGAAAAAAGAAUUUUCUCCACAUUAGCACUUAGAACAGUGCCUAUCAUGUAGGAAGUGCUCAUAUUUUGAAUAAUUUAUUUAAAUCAAAUUCACCCUGAGUAAUCAAUAACUUUUCCAAAUCAGUUGUUUCUCAACCCUCAUUUCAUAUUAGAAUCAUCUAGACCCCACCCUACAACAAUUAAAUCUGAAUUUCUUAUGGGUAGAGCCAUGCUUCAGUUUUUCCAAAGGCUCUCUAAUUUGUAGUCAGGGUUAGGGACCACUGUUCUAAAUUCGUUCAAGAAAAUCCUCUUAUCUCUCCUGUGUUAACUUUUAAAUUAGUGACAUAAUCCAGUUAAUUUUGAUGUUUUAACUUCCAUUAAGGAAUAUGCUCUUCUGAUACCUAGUAUUUAUUCCAUCUUAAGUUCCAUCAAGUUUGCUUAUGUGUGAGGUGAUUAUUUUUUCUCUUUAAAUUCAUAAUAUAAAUUUUAUUCAAGCUGUUGAGGUGAAAAAGUCAAUGGAUAGUUUUUCCUUUGAAGCUGCCAUUUGGGGGAAAUGGAGGGUAGGGACAUUUUAGCCCAAUUCACUAACCUGUGUUUCACAGUUGUGAGCAUCUGUAAGCUUGAAAAAGAAAGCUUAUCAUAGGUUUAUAUACUAAUAAGGGGAUGUAGUUUUAGUUCUUGCUGUUUUACAAAAGAAACUUUUUCUCAUAUUGCUCCUAUAUGUGUGUCCUUACUAACAUUCAGAACUGGGAAUUUUAUCUUAUAAUAAUUAUUCCAGUAAGUAAUUUUAUGAAGUUGAUGACUUGGAGGAUAAAGCAAAUAUGUUUGCAAUUUUGUCUUUACUUUUAUGUAGAUGUUUGGUAUGUGAAUUACUCAGUUCUAUUAAAACCUCAUGCCUUUCAUCUAAUUUGAGCUCUCAACUUCAUGUUACAGAAUGCUUCUUUAAGGAUGCUUUAAUGAAAAAUAUGAAAAUAUAUAGAUUUGUAUGUCAGUUUAUACUUCAGAAAUCCAUAUAUUUGUCAUAUUUAUUUUUUUAAAAACCUAAUUGCAUGACUAAAUCAUAUUUAAAAUGAAAACUCAAAUAUAUCUGGUACCUUUGUCUAGAGUUUUAUCUGUUGGAAGAUGUCAGCCAUCCAUGUUAAGUUUUCAUAAAAUAGUUGAUAAUUGUAUGCAUUUUAUAUUACUGUGGUGUCUGUGUGUACCAUAUUUCUAAAUAUUCAGUAUUAAAUUGAUACUUUUUAAAACCUUA